UUAUCCCCUUGAAUCGGUAGAACAGUCUCUCUCUCUCUCUCUCUCUCUCUCUCUCUCGCUUGGUUGCAAUGGCUUCCUUCACUACAACUUCUUCUUCUUCCUCGCUUCUCCCCAAAACCCUACCUCCCGUAACCCACCCGACGCGCUUCCCCACGCUCUCCGGUGUCCGACUCACCGGGAAAUGGAACCAUCCUCUGCUCCGGACCGCCGAGUCUCCCCGUCGGGUGGAUUCGGUUGUGAAGGCCGCGGCGACGGUGGAUUCGGAUUACUCGUCGAGACGGAGCAGUAGCAGCGAGCAGAGGGAGACGAUAAUGCUUCCUGGGUGCGAUUACAACCACUGGCUGAUCGUGAUGGAGUUCCCCAAGGACCCGGCUCCGACGAGGGACCAGAUGAUUGAUACUUAUCUCAACACUCUCGCUACUGUUCUUGGAAGCAUGGAAGAGGCAAAGAAGAACAUGUAUGCAUUCAGUACCACCACUUAUACUGGAUUCCAAUGCACCAUUGACGAAGAAACAUCUGAAAAGUUCAAGGGUUUGGCUGGAGUUCUCUGGGUUUUGCCUGACUCCUACAUAGAUGUCAAGAACAAGGACUAUGGAGGUGACAAGUACAUCAACGGAGAUAUUAUCCCUUGCACAUACCCAACAUACCAACCGAAGCAGCAGCGCAACAACUCCAAGUAUCAAAGCAAGAGGUACGAAAGAAAAAGAGACGGUCCACCACCUCCUGAGCAGCAGAGGAAACCAAGACAAGAACCAGCCGCUUCUGAUUCCUCUUGAACUAUGAUAAGAAGACAAGACCCUUUUGUAACGGAGUGUUUGAGAUUUUGAUCAAUCGAUUAGUCCCUAGCUUAUUUAAACAAGAUGUUAAAUCGUCUAGUAUCAGUGAUGAUAUUGUAUCUUCGUCGUUUUUGGAACAAUAGUUUUUACUUUUAUCUUGAACCGCUGGUUUAAGUUCUUCGGCUAGUACGGCUUGAUCCGGUUAAUUCGUAGCAAGGUAUUCGUGUUCAAAUCA